AUGAUCCUCUUCAGCGGCAGAGGUGCGUUCCUUGUCAGGAUCGCGUGCAUCGUGCUCGUUCCAGCCGGAAUGAUCGCGGGCUCGAUGCUGUACUUCAUCGGCUUCCGGUGGGGCCUCAGCAUCCUCGUCCUCGUCACCGUUCUCUUUUGCCUCCACUGGCCGUUCGUCGCCGACCACAUCGGUGACGACGGGGGCGGGAGCCUCCCGGUGCGGCAAGUGCAGCAGCCGGCGCCAGGGUCGGAGCCCUUGCAACCUCGCGGCGUCGGCCUGGGUGCCUCCGCGAUAGCCGCCCUGCCGGCCUACUCGUACGAGAAAAAAUCCGGCGGCGACGAGUGCGCGGUCUGCCUCGGCGAGCUGCAGCGCGGGGAGGUGGUGAAGCAGCUCCCCGCGUGUGCGCAUCUGUUCCACGACGGGUGCGUCGAUGCGUGGCUGAGAUCGCAUGUCACCUGCCCGGUGUGCCGCUCUCUGGUCGAUGCCUGGGCGCCGGUGGCCGCCGGAAUUGUGCUGCGGACGGAAUAG